UGUGGAAUAAAUAAGCUUAAAUUGAUAAUAUAUCAUUCAGAUAGUAGGUAAAUCGACAAAAAAAUUCCUGACAACCGCCGGCCCUUGAACCAGACUCAGAAUUUAUCAACUCGACAGAAGCAAUAUAACUCGGUGAUCCAUUAAUGGACGCAACUGAGCCAAAGAUGGUUACCACAAAUCUUUCAUCACCCACACUCAAAUCCACAGUCUUACAGCAGAAAAAAAAUAAAGAGUCGAAAAACAACACGACAAAGCAGACCGCCUCAAAGAAUAAAAGUGAAACUAAAAAAAUAAAAUUCCUUUCCCAGCUCCCCGAACAUCAUGAGCUUCCAUGUCCUUCGCACUGGCCUCAACCGAACCAUCUUAGGCGGGCUUACAGAACGAAGCCCGCCCCAUCCCCAUUUUUUGCCCCAUCGAGUGCCAUAUUAUCCCCCACGUUCUUCUCCUCUUCCCGCCCUUCCUAAACACGCCUUCGUUUCUGUUCUCCUGAUGCCCCCUCAUUAUUUUCAACUUCCACGCCUUUGGUUGUGCUAAUUGCUGUUUCUGAAGUAGACUUAUUCCCACCUCCUCUCAUUAUACCAUUACACUUGUUGUUCUCCAUAUUCUUGGGAUCCCUGCUCGAGAAAGAAGACACAUCCACCAACCAUUUAUUUCCUCCUGUAGGGCUAGCCUUCACCACUACCUCAUCGGCCGUCAUCAGACUUUUUAUUAAGAAUUACUUAAAAACCCUCUUGUUUAAUUUAGUUGCGUAAAAAUUUAAAUAUAACAUGUUUGAUUAAAAUAGGGUCUCUUUAUUAAAGUUCGACUAAGAAUGAUUUUAAUUGGACUGAAUUUAUUUGAUCUGAUAUGGUAGAUAUUUGAUCUAAAUGUUUUCACUAUUGUUGGUCAGGUCCCAUCUGAUUCGAUCUAAUUUGGUUUAAUUUGAUCAGAUCCGAGACUAAAAUCAAUCUACUAUAGUCGUUCGUAUCUCGAAGACUAUUAGGCUAUCUAAUAAGACUAUUUUAUAUAUUUCUUCGACUAGAGUUAUAAUUAUCCUCAUUAUAGUUCCCACAUUAUUCAUUUAAAAUAUAAUGCAUAUUAUUUCAAACUAAUUGUUUUAGUUUAAUAUAGCUAGCUUAGAAGUACUCGUAUAUUAAACCUUGCUAUAAACCUUAAUUUAUUUAAAAAAAGGUUCUAGACCUAUUAUUUUACAACAUUAAUCUGUUAUAAUAAAUCAAUAAUUUGAAACCUUAUUUUAGUCCAGCUUUAGUCGAAAAUCUAAAACACGUCAUUUGAAACCUUGUGUGACCUCUAUAAAGUAAAAUGAAACACUCAGAUGCACGGUGCCAUUUUGGUAAUAAUAGUAAACUUUUUUCGGAUGCAAAACACUUUCAACGUUAACAUACAGCUGCAUAUUUCAUUGAACAAUCAUAUACAAAAAAUUUGAACAUUAAUAUGCAAUAUAAUACAAAUAACGUAAAGAUGCAUCGUGUAUAUAUAUUAUCUCAUUGCCUCACCCGUCACCGGCCGGUUGACGCAGUUAUAUAAUUCAGAGCCAUUGUUUGCUGUUGCAGCAUCAUCAGGAUUCACACAUACUUAGCACACACAAAUCCGUGUGACCGUUGGAUCGGAUGGUUGUGUGAAUCCCGAGGAUGCCGCCACUGCUAAGCAACGACUUUAGCGCGGGGUGUCUCAUAAAUCUUGAGCAAUGUAAUAUGACAUAAACUUAGUAAUAUAAUGACGAUGAGAAUGAAUAAUGGAGGACGAUGACAGUAUAUGUGUAUAUAUAGUUAUAUAUAGACAGCUCAAGAGGGAAAAAAGAUAGCUGAAGAGAAGACGUU